CCAAUUUGGAUUCGAGAAUGAUAUUCACAACAUUCUGAAGCUGUAUAUGCCAAUCACAAACGCGCCCAUGGCGAGGUGGCAAAGAAAAGCCAGUUCGUCCAUGUCGACCAGCAGUGCCAACACCAGCGCUCUAUCACCUGGCAAAUCCGCAAAUAGAUCUCUUACUAUGUCCAAGACGCCUAGUAAAACACCAGGUAACUAACUACUAUUUAGCUUUUCACCUUUGAAUUUUGCUCUACUACAUUUGCUUCUGUCUAGUGUCUUUCAGCUGUCUAUGGGUGUGGCACUGUUGCCAAUUAGUGGUUUCACCUAGGGUUCCACUAAUUUGUCCUUCUCUCUUUUCUUAGGUAAAAAUAGUAAGUGCACACCUUCAAAGGCAGGUGGUGACCGUUUCUUUCCCACUAGGAACAACAAACAGAUGGAGGUGGCAAGCUUCCUGCUCUCAAAGGAAAAUGAGCCUAUGGACACAAACCCCUCCGGUGAGGCUCUUCUCUAACAUCAGCACAUUUGUUAAUAUUGCAUUGUAGGUCAAAAUCUGCACAUUUGUCUUCGUAGGAUAACUAGAAGGCUUGGUCUGUCACACUCAAUGGAUAUGACAUUGAGGAGGCAAAGAUCUUGCAUCUGGGAGGAAAACCCUUGAAUGCUCCAGAAGGUAGGCCUACCGUUGGUAAUGAUGGCGUGACUUGUCAGUUGAUAUCAGAAUCUAAUGUCCCAUUCUCUUUUCUUUGCAGGUUACCAGAACAACCUGACAGUCCUCUACAGUCAAGUUCCUACCCCAGUCUCCACCAAAAUGACCAGAUACAUAUCAUCUGUACCUGACAGAAUCUUAGAUGCUUCUGAACUCCGAAAUGAUUUCUGUGGGUCUCCUGCCAACACAGUACCACAAAUGUCUAAUAACCUGUCUGGGGAGAAGGUACAGAGGGACCUAUCGUAGAGGUCUGUCUUAGAUGCUCCUGAACUACAAAUUGAGGAGUGAGUCUCCUGCCAACACAGUAAAUGUCCAGUAACCUACCUGGAGAGUAAUCCUAGCUGUGGGUGAAACAUGGGCCUGCUGUCUGCAUGUAAAUCACACAUUGAUUUCAGUGGGAAAUUUGCAGAAAGUGAUUAGAGCAACUAUCUCAAGUUGGGAUCUGGCCCUUUUUAUCGUCACUCUAUCAACUUAAUUAAAUCGGAGUGGUGGUGGCAGGAGCAUUCUUUAACUGACUUUAACGGUCUAUUUACCUUUGGCCCUCCUCUAGCUCAGUUGGUAGAGCAUGGUGCUUGCAACGCCAGGAUUGUGGGUUCGGCCAGUAUGAAAAAUGUAUGCACUAACUGUAAGUCGCUCUGGAUAAGAGCGUCUGCUAAAUGACUAAAAUGUCUGUUCCCACAGAUUUGAACCUACUGGACUGGAGCAGUCGGAACCUUCUAGCGGUUGCACUUCACAACAGCGUUUGCCUGUGGGACGCCGCCCAGGGUGACAUCGUCCUGCUGAUGAAGAUGGAACGGGAGGAGGACUAUAUCUGCUCCGUGUCGUGGAUCAAGGAGGGCAACUUCCUGGCCAUUGGUACCAGUGACUGCAAAGUUCAGGUAAAUGUCUUAAGUGAACAACUCACCAUUCAAAAAAAUUUUUUGGCUUCAUUGCAAUUUUAUGUUGUUGGAGAGAAAAUAAUGAUUUGAUGUUUAUUUUAUUUUAUAUUUCACCUGAAUUUGACUGACCGUAGUUGUGGGAUGUGGAGAACCAGAAGCGUCUACGCAGCAUGGCCAGCCACACUGCCAGAGUUGCCAGUCUGAGUUGGAACAAUCAUGUUCUCUCCAGGUAAAGGAUCAUGAUUUGAACGUCACAUUUUGAAUAGUCAAGUCUCUGUCCCUCCAGGAUCUUUUGUGUGAUACUUGUGGCCAAAAUGUUCUAAUCUAUCUACAGACAGCCCAAUUCUAAUAUUUUUUCCAAUUAUUAGUCUUUUGACUAAUCAGAUCACUUCAUUUGUCAAUUGGGCAAAAAUAUUAGAAUUGGGCUGCCUGUGCAAACAGCCUUAUUGUUGUUGAUUAACCAUUUUAUGAUUAUUGCUUUUUCCAGUGGCUCCAGAUCCGGUCACAUCCACCACCAUGACGUGAGGGUAGCCGACCACCACAUCUUCACCCUGUCUGGGCACUCUCAGGAGGUGUGUGUGUGGGCUGAUGUGGUCCCCUGAUGGGAGAUACCUGGCCAGCGGAGGCAAUGACAACCUGGUGUAUGUGUGGCCAGGAGGGCAGCGGCCAAGGCAGUAGUUCUGUCCACCGCUUCAGUGAGCACCAAGGAGCAGUCAAGGUGAACAAACUUUGAACUUAAAACUAUCAUUCUUGGUGUGAAAUGCUAAACUACAAUGUUUUUAUUGAAAGAGUUGGGGUUGAAUUACAUGACACAAUUUGAUGCACAUGUCCUCUCUUUGAAGAGAUGCCCAACGCUUUAUUUAAAAUAUAUAUAUAUUUAACCUUUAUUUAACUAGGCAAGUGAGUUACGAACAAAUUCUUAUUUACAAUGAGAUGCAGUGCCUUAGACCGCUGCGCCACUCGGGAACCCUAAUGAUUGUAUCUUACUAAAAUGUCUUAGGCUUUGGCCUGGUGCCCAUGGCAACCCAACAUUCUUGCGUCUGGAGGUGGCACCAGUGACUGACACAUCCGCAUCUGGAACGUCAACAGUGGUUCCUGCAUCAGUGCUCUGGACACUCAGUCUCAGGUAACUGCACUCACCUUGAACUCUAAUGGGGUUGUGAAGUCUAUCAAAAUUGACCAGGUUGAUAUUACCUCCAGGUCCCUGCUCAGUCAUAGCCGCAUGUGUGUUUGCAUACCAGUCACCUUUUGAAGUGAGUUUACUUUCAUAACUGCUAUGCCAUAUGAUCAGAAGUUAACUGGUGGUCAAAUCUGCCUUACAGGUCUCCUCUUUGAUGUUUGCGCCAAACUACAAGGAAUUGGUCUCCAGCCACGGAUAUGCCCACGACAACGUAGUCAUCUGGAAGUACCCCUCCUUGACUAAAGUGGCAGAGCUCAAUGGUAAUUGUCUGGUCUGAAACAGCUAUUCAUUUAUGUAUAAACUUAACGGCUCUGUGUAAAUUGGUCAGUUGUCAUUAAUGUGUAAGUUGACAAAGAGCAUUGUUGUCUGAAGCUGUUAGUGUCUAUCAUAGUCCAAAUAUUUGACCGUUGGCUAUCAUACUUUACGAAUUCUCAGCGCAGCUCUAGCAAUUUCUCCAACUGUCAACCCAUUCAAACUAAUAGAGGACUCGUACCGGAGCUACAUUGGUUGGGAAUUGUGGGGAGGUGCAUGUUUGGGCUGUGCGUCUCCUGCAGAUGGUGGUCUCAGAGUACACGUUUCAAACUGUAGCCUUGGAUUUAUUCUGAGGUCAAAGUUCAAAACUGAAACCGUAAACUGUUUUUUCUUUUUCAUCCCAGGUCACAAGGGCAGAGUCUUGAACAUUACCAUGAGUCCAGACUGCUCGACUAUCGCCACUAGCUGGUGAUAAAACUGUCCGGUUCUGGAAGAGCUUUGAGCUGGAUCCAGUCAAAAAGAAGGCAAAGGAGAUUAAGUCCACCAGCAACAUUAUACACCAAUCUAUCCUAUAA